AAGUUCAAGUAGAAGAAAUCGAAGGUGAAACCGAAGAAAAAACAAUUAAAAUCAGUAAACCGAAAUAUACAAAAGAAAAUUUUGCUUUAAGACCUUUAGUCAAAUGGAAUAGAUUCGGUCAAACAACCAAUGAUGAAAAAGCUUCUAAAGCUCCUAGAAUGAAAUUGAGAGGAAUAUAUUCAGAAUUUGGUUUUAGAAUCGUGUUGAAUGCAGUUAGUAAAGAUUAUGGUGACUUUAAAGUUUACAAACUGCCAGGACCUUUUAUCGUAACUUUAAUAUUCUUGGCUUGUAAAGAUAGUGAAUUUUGGAAAAAUAAAAAUAUUGGUAAAACACCAAUCAAUAUCAAUUCAAAGACCAAAGAAGUUCGGAAUUUCUGUAUAUGUGAACUGUACGAAUACACUUUUAAAAUACCAAUGUACACGGCCCAUGAUGGGUUACAAGAACCUAGAAAAGAUCCCGGAAUGCCGUUUUGCUUACCUGAAAAACCUACAUCAGAUGGAAUUCUUUUUUUUGGUUGCGAUAAACAAAAAGGUGGAUUCAGUCCAAAUAUUGCUUGGAUAGUAACGGUAACUGUGGAUCCUUUAGCCUUGCAAGAAAAAAUUGAUAAUACACUCUUGGCUAACACAACCACAAACAAAGAUGAACCUAUCGAUUUAGAAGAUGCGUUAUUUUUUGGAAUAAAGCAAAGUAAAACUGUUUUUUUACCGGGAUUAUUUUUAAUCGUUGAAUAUAGUAUUGCUUUAUUUGGAUAUGAUACUGAUAUAGAUAACCUACAAAAUCUCAGAUUAACUGGUGGUGCUGCAUUACAACAACUUAUCGAUGCUAUAAAAGCAAAUAACCCUGUUCCUUCUCAACCUGAAUCU